UUUAUUAUUUUCCAAAAGAACAAAACACAAACAAAAAGCUCACUCCCUUUCUUUUCUUUUCUUUUCUUUUCUUUUCUUCCCCCUUUCUUUCCAUUCUCCUUCUUCAAUCUUUCCCUCUCUCUUCUUUAACAAGUUUCCUUCUCUCUGAUUAAUCAUAACAACACUGAACACAAUGGUAGCAGUUCUGCGUUUCUAACCGUUUGGUUGAGUUUGUUACGUUUUAUGCACAAGUUAGUUACGUUCCGUUUCACACGCUUCUGAGUUAGUUACGUUUUAAGCGUAGUUAUAAAAAAAUCAAUGGAGGUUGAGCGUCCAACUACAACGCCUCUUAACUCCGCCAUGACCUUCGACGAGGCUUCCAUGGAGCGCAGCAAGAGCUUCGUCAACGCUUUGCAGGAGCUUAAGAACCUGAGGCCUCAACUUUAUUCUGCCGCAGAAUACUGUGAAAAAUCUUAUCUCAAUAGUGAACAGAAACAAAUGGUACUUGACAACUUGAAAGAUUAUGCUGUAAGAGCUCUUGUGAAUGCUGUUGAUCAUCUGGGAACUGUCGCGUGCAAGUUAACCGAUCUUCUAGAUCAGCAAACGUUGGAUGUAUCAACUAUGGAUUUGAGGGUCUCUACUGUAACUCAGAAACUUCUUACAUGCCAAAUUUACACGGAUAAAGAAGGUCUUCGGCAACAGCAAUUGUUGGCAAUCAUUCCCAGACAUCACAAGCACUACAUUUUACCAAAUUCUGUCAAUAAAAAGGUGCAUUUCAGUCCACACAUACAGAUUGAUGCAAGACAAAAUCCAUUUCAAACCAGGACUCGUUUUCAAUCUUCAGGUACCCCUGCAUCAAAAACUCUUUCAUGGCAUUUAGCAUCAGAGACUAAGUCAACCUUAAAAGGAGUUUCACAUGCUUCACCAAUCAUCGAGACCCCAAAGUUUUCUGCCAAGACUCCUGAAGUUUUCCAGCUUUUAGAUAAUGAAGAGAGUACCUGGAUGAAACCAUCGCCAGCACAAAUUCACUUAUCAAAUGGAGCUCCUGCUUCUAAUAUCGGGCUAUCUUUGGGUGGCACACGCAAGGAUUCAUUGGAGGGUUCCAGACCAAUUACACCAUUCAGGUCAUUCGACAACCAAAACCGAUGCGACACUGUCCAAGUCCCUGUUCGAAGCAAAAGUGUGCUAUCAGCUUUCUUUGCUAAGCAGAAAACGCCAAAAGUGAAGGCCGUUUCUUUCUCAUGAGUAUCUCAGUGCUAAGUUAAACCCCGUCUGCAAUUCAUGCUUUUCUAUAAUUCUCUAAAUGCUUAGAAUCUAUUAGUUUCUGGUUCAUAUCUGGUACAAGCCUUUGAAUAAUGGCCAUGUAUAGCUCCACAGGCCGGGAAAUGAUAACAAAUUCAUAGUAGUGAUAUUGAUCUUUGUUACCCUUGUGAAUCUUGAUCUAUGUUCUGUAGUGCUCAGGCACAUGUAAAAUGCAUAAAUGUGGUAUGCUGAUGCUAACUGUUAGAGUUUUGAUAUACAAAUCUUCCCAAGAUCUGCUUUGUUUCUGAAUAUUAUAUUUUCUGAGGGGACUGAUUUGCUAUCCCGGUAUAAGUACAUGUGAUAACUGAUA